AAGCGGAAAGUCCAAGAUGGCGGACUAAGCGGCGUGGCUUUCCGGAGAAGUUUCACAUUUACGAUCUUAUACAUUCAAAAAUAGCAUCAAAUACCUCAACUAUUCACCUUUUCUUAAGCCCAGGAAACGGACUUUGAGUGUGGAGCGACGGCGUGUUAUCUGAAGUGAAGAUUGAAGACGUGAUAGAAGAUGGACGACUACUGCUAUGCUAAGAUGGCGACGUCCGCUAAAAGAGAACAUGAAAGAGAAUCAGCGCCACCAACGGAGAACAAUCUGAAAAGCGAAGAUGAAGACGUCCAGCAGCUGAUCUAUAAUCCAGAAGAAGUUUCCCCUCAGUUAGGGGGGAGCUCCACUUUGAAGCCGGAGACUCCACAACCACCCUGCAUUAAAAAGGAAGAGGAGGAACUCUGCAUCACUCAGGAGGGAGAGUGUCUUCUAGGACGAGAGGAAGCUGAUCUCACCAAGUUGCCACUGAUUAUUCUCUCUGUGAAGACUGAAGAUGAUGAAGAGAAACCACAAGACGAAGACGAGGACUGUGAAGGAACGAAGAUGCAGAGAUUCAGCACUCAACAAGCAUUGGAAAUGCUCCUUUCCAAUGUUAACCCUGUCGACUCGGAUGGAGAAGACAUCAAUCUUCAGGAGGAUUCAGACUCCGAGCUGUCUCAGUCAUCUUCAGAUGAGGAGACUGCUCCCCAACCAACAAAGAGAGCUCGGCUGGGGACUGAUGUGACAGAGACUGCGAAAGAUGGCACAGUAUGGCAUGAAGAACAGGUGGGAACGGGUCCACAUUUCACCCCGCCAUCGCCAUACAGCGCAGAUGGAGAGCCAACAGCUAAGGCCAGGAGGUCAAUCACAAGUCGUCUUCAGAGCUUCCUGUGUUUCAUCACUCUGGACAUGCUUGGCAUCAUUCGAGACUGUACAGUUCAACAUGCAAAGCAAACGGAGGAUGUGGAUUGGUUCAUGGGCCUCCCUGAACUAAUGGCAUUUAUUUCCAUCACCAUGAUGCGGGGAAUCAUCAGGGUGCCAUCACUGCGUGACUGCUGGUCGAAAAACCUGGGAAGCCCACAGAUCAUCGAAACCAUGUCCCGAGGGCGUUUCCAAAACAUCAUGCAUCACCUGCGCUUUGAUGACAGAGACACCCGCAGCGAGCGAGCACAGACCGAUAAGUUUGCUGCAAUUUCAAACAUAUGGGGAUUGUUUGCCACCAACUGCAUCACAUCCUACAUCCCUGGUCAACACAUCACCAUCGACGAACAACUUUUCCCGUCCAAGACUCGCUGCUGUUUCCUACAGUACAUUGCUUCUAAACCAGACAAGUUUGGGAUCAAGUUCUGGGUGGCGUGUGACUUGAAAACCAAAUACGUCUGCAACAUCCUCCCAUAUCUUGGCAAGGACGACACUCGGCCUCGUGGGGAGAGAGUGUCUGAGAGUGUAGUCAUGAGGCUGAUGGAACCAUUCUUGGACAAGGGCAGAAAUGUUACCACGGACAAUUUCUUUACAUCACUGUCACUUGCAAAACGACUACUUAGCCGGAAUACAACCAUCCUCGGCACAGUCAACAAGAUUCGCAAAGAAAUUCCACCGUCAACUCGACAGAUGUACCGCGAUGAAUUUACCACCCAGGUAUUUUCAACCACUGGUGCCACACUGACGGUGUAUGCGCCCAAGCGGAGGAAGACUGUAUAUGUUCUCAGCAGCAUGCACAGCACCAUUCAGACACAGGAUACCACCAAAAAGAAGCCAAACACCAUCACACAGUACAACACAACAAAGUGCGGCGUCGAUGUCAUGGACCAGAUGGUGCGGGGGUACACUGUCCGCGCAGGAACACGGCGCUGGCCAGUAGCAGUGUUCUAUAACAUGAUUGAUAUUGCAGCACUGAAUGCCCACAUGCUCUAUCAAUUAUGCACCGGGAGGCAGGAGAGACGGGUGGAUUUCCUGCUGGAACUUGCAAAAGAGUUGGCUCACUCCCACGUGGGUAUGAAAAAGGCCCAAAAGGAACAAUUAUUUCGGCAACAACGCUCCACACCACAACUAGGAAAAAGAGCCAAGUGUCAGGCUAAAAUCCAAUGCAAGGACAAUCGUGCAACUGUGCGCUGUGUUGACUGCUACCGUUAUACAUGUGGGAAAUGCCGAAAGGAGCAAUGGCAGUGCCAGGAUUGUGAGUGACUGCUCAAAUGUAUGUCAGUCACGUUUACAUGGACAUGGUUUUUCAUUCUUUGUAAAUAUGCUUUUUUCUUUGUAAAUUUUUUUUUUUAAACUAUUUUUGGCACACAAAAAUAACAAUUGCUUCUGCAACAACCCUCCACACCAAAACUGGGAAAACAGUUGCUUUUUCAUUCUUUGUAAAUAUGUUUUGUUUUGUAUUUUUUUUAACAAUAAAUGUCAGAGUGUUGAUCCCUU